AUGACUAGUGUUAUUGAACAUCGACAAAAAGCUCGUUUACCACCACGUCAACCAUUAGAUCGCCAUUUAUCUGAAAUUGGUGAAUUUGAUGGAACGGUUUAUAUCAAUGCCGGAAUCGAUUCGACUUGUUCCAGAAAACGUAGUCGAACAAUACAUAAAUUAACAGAUGGCAUCGUGAUAUCAACGACGGAAUCAAGAAGUUCAAAUGCACACAACGAUAAUCUAUCUUCUACAUUAUUACAUAGUAGAACAAAUGAUGAUCGAUUUGAUGAGAUUAACAACGGUUGUUGUAUCCAUUGUGGUAGAGGAAAUACAAUAAUAAAGGACAAUUGA